AUGGUAGAUGCUGACAUUUCGCCAGAUGCCAUUGCGUCCGGCGUCUUCGAGGAUGAUGACGCUGCCGCGGUCAAAGGGCUUGCUGAUCUUGGAGGUCCUCGCCUUCACGAGCUGAAGGCAGAGGCCAAGAGAAAGGCGACGGUUUUGCUGAAAUAUCAGGAGAGCCAGAGCCGCAAGUGGGUCACAUUUUGCCAGUUGUUGGGUCAAGAAGAAGCCCUAGUGCUAACCAUACUGUAUAGUAACCUUCAUCCCUAUGCGACCCGAAGUCAGAUGCCUCCGGCCCAGGAGCCACAUCACUCGUUUGCGCACGUUCAGCAAAUGGUCAAGAGCGGGUCCCCGUUCGUAAGCAACCGCAACCGCAAACAGAAGAUGUCCAGCUCCAGAAAUGCCGGUCCAUCCCGGCUCCCAUCAGCGUCUGUCCACCUCCGGCAGCCGUCAGAGUCUGCUCCCCUUCGCCAACCGGUUUUGAGCCCGCUCCCAGGCCCCUCCAGGAUUGUGCAGCAAGCUCCUAGAGACGUCCCAGUCCCGCCAUCCCAAUAUGGUGGGAACCAACAUGUCGCCAACCCUCCCCACAUGGUCGCUCGGGCAAAGGUUCUCCUCAACCCACCUGGAAGAAAUCAGCCGUUGCCUGCCAUUGUCUUCUUGACAGUGGCUCCAGCUCCCACACUGGGCUUCUGCAUGAUGUUUGCCGAAAACAAACUAUUCGUUCAGUUCACCAUUGCCGAAUAUCAGGACUUUGUCUCAAGCGACCUGACCCUCUCUCUUCAUUUUGGACAGAACGUUCUGUAUUUCGGCCUGACUUUUAGUACCGCUGGUGAGCUUGAGAGUUUCCUCAAAGUUUUGAGAGACCUCAAAGCUGGCAAAUAUGCCGUGGGGGCUUUUGAAACCUCCGGGCAGAAGCCUGCCCCAGAGCCAUCGGUUGCUCCCAAGCCAUCGAUUGCACCUCAGCCGCCGGCUACUCCAGCAAACGCUGCUCCCGCGAACGAAAACACUACUGUGAUUCGUUUACCACCGGUCAAGCCACAGGCUAGCAUGUCCAAUAACAGGGCGGUGCAGUACGCUUCUCGGUUCAUCACGGGUGAAGCCAGCGGCACGCGCCAACACGAUGACGAGUCGGAGCUCAAAGCGACACAAGGUGUCCUUAUCAAUGUCGAGGGGAAGGACACCAGUCCGGUCCUAAAACGUGGAAGUUCGGAGGCAUCGGCACUGCUCUCGACCUUGGAGCCAUACGGCAACGAAGAUGCCUUGGAGGUGGCGCCUGCUGUGGCUUCACUCGGCCACCACAUCAGCAGAACCAGCACGCCGGUAGAGAAUGAUGCUUUGACACGUGAACCAGUCAGGCUAUCAGUCCCUGAUGCAGUUGCCAUGCUCCGAAACAUGCUCACGGCUUUUCUCAGGAAGAAGGCUGGCGGGAAGACCAAGCGGGAGAUUACCGCAACUGUUGAAGGUAUCCGCGAAGCAUUCAUCGAUGUGGUCUGCCAGGACCACACCAAGUCCGAGCGACGAGAGGUAGUCGCACAGAUAGAGGACUAUCUCAACUCCUCUGCAGUGGCGUUUGUCAAGCCCCGUCGUCUUCAGUAUACGAAUGAAGAGAUGAUGGCCAUGAAGGACUCCCAGGUCCAACCCCCGGCCUGGUUGGCAGAUGUCCCGUAUCCACACGGCAAAGAUGGGACCCCCACUCCUCCUGUUGAGGGUGUUGACACGAAGGAGUACAUCCGGAAGUCCACCAUUGGUAUGGACUGGGUGUUGGGGAAAGCAGAGUCAUCCGCUGCCACAACUCAAAAGCAGCCUAUGACUAUCGCCAAAACGGAGUCGUCCGUGGCCGUGGAGAACAUUUCACCGCAGGCAUCAGCUGCCGCCUUGAAGCCAGUCCAGGCCCCUGUGAUGCCCAUGGCUGAAUAUCGAAAACCCGAUGCUGGACUUGGUGCCUCACGGUGGUCCUCAACCAUGGAUGCCCCCAUUCAAAACAGUAAUGCUUUCACGGGAUUCCCGUACGAAAAGCGCUGGAAGGAGGGUAGCUAUUUCCACGACCUCGCUCAGCUUGACCCUGAGACCAGGAUUGACGAGGCUGAGAACCUGGAGGACUUUUUCUUUCCGGGUUCGCGUGCUGUUGGGGACCGUGCCGGAGCGCUUGCGACUUUGCAGCCGUCUGCCCGCGAUUUGGGCAGUGACACCCAGGUGGGCGAUCUUGACCGCCGAAUGUCACGGCUCACUCUUGAGUCACCGGCAGGGUCACGAGCGACCUCGUGCUCUACCGUGCGUAAAGACGCGUUCGAGCAGGGAUCACAACUGAUCCCCAUCGAAGAGCCAACUCCGCCGUUGAACGCGGCCGCGCGGACGUUCACACCGACUGCUCGCGCAUUCGUGCCUGCAACGGCUACACCACCGCCCGCAAACACGCGUAGAUCAUCCAGUGCGUCGACAUUGCGCGGCCUUGGAGCGUCCCGUCAUGCCAGCAGAGCCGCGCCGCCGACCGCAGGCCGCUUUAAUUUUCACCUUCCCAAGUGA